CGAGGAAGUGGAUGUGGAGGGGCGGGUCCUUAAAGGGGUAGGUGCGCCGUCCAGGUCUUUACCCUGACCUGAAUGACUAUUCAUUUAAACCGUGCCAAAGCCUUUACUGCCAGUCAAAGGUUACACUAGGCGAGGAGUGCAGGUGAAGAUGGGUGAAAAGGUUCUGGUGACUGGAGGUGCUGGGUACAUUGGCAGCCACUGUGUGGUAGAGCUUAUUGAAGCUGGCUUCACUCCCGUGGUCAUUGACAACUUCAGCAAUGCCAUUCGUAACAGUGGCACUCCUGAGAGCUUAUGUAGGAUUGAAAAAAUCCUAAAGACCAAGAUUGAAUUCAGAGAGUUGGACCUCCUGAACCAGGCUGGUUUAGACCAAAUCUUCAAAGAGCACCAGUUCUCUGCAGUAAUGCAUUUUGCAGGACUAAAGGCAGUAGGCGAGUCUGUCCAAAAGCCCCUCAUGUAUUAUCGUGUCAAUCUGACUGGAACCAUCAACCUUUUGGAGACUAUGCAGAAACAUGGAGUGCACAACAUUGUUUUCAGCAGCUCUGCUACAGUCUAUGGGGAUCCUAAAAAGCUGCCCAUUGAUGAAGUUCAUCCUGUAGGGGGCUGCACGAAUCCCUAUGGAAAAACCAAGUACUUCAUUGAAGAGAUGAUUGUAGACCAGUGUCGUGCACAGAAGGACUGGAAUGCUGUACUUCUGCGCUACUUUAACCCAAUUGGAGCCCACCACUCUGGAAUGAUUGGGGAGGAUCCACAGGGAAUUCCCAAUAACUUGUUGCCUUACAUUGCUCAGGUUGCAAUUGGACGAAGAGAAUACCUCAAUGUUUUUGGCAAUGACUACAACACACCUGAUGGAACAGGGGUGCGCGAUUAUAUCCAUGUGGUUGAUCUGGCAAAGGGACAUAUUGCAGCUUUGAAGAAACUAAAAGAAAAUUGUGGUUGCAAGGUAUAUAACCUUGGCACUGGAACUGGGUACUCUGUACUGCAGAUGGUCCAAGCUAUGGAGAAGGCUUCUGGGAAACAGAUCAAGUAUAAGGUGGUGCCUAGAAGGGAAGGUGACAUUGCCUCUUGCUAUGCAGAUCCUACACUGGCAGAAAAGGAGCUAGGAUGGACAGCUGUCUUUGGACUUGAGAGGAUGUGUGAGGACCUGUGGCGUUGGCAGUCUCGGAAUCCAAAUGGCUUCAGCAAAGCCACAUUGUGUUAGCAGGAACUGCUCUACUGUUUUAAUGUGACCAUUUGGAAUGUAGAUAGACUGGGCAUUGCAAGUGAUGCUUUUGAAAGGAACUCCACAGAAAUGAAUACUGUUUCGAGUACUAAACUUUAUAACUGGAUUAAUUGUUAAUAAGAAGACUGAUGGAUAGUUAUUCAUGACAAACUGUUCUGUUAAGCAUAGUUUUUUACUUUUUAAUAAUGAAGAUUUUUUGUAAAAAUAUUUUGCUGCUAUAGCAACAAUUGAAACCUCUCACUGUAAGAGAAUACAUUUUUUGUAUCAUGUCAGGGGGCACAAUAGAAGAAUCAAGUAUGGUCAGAUUAUUAUACUUGAAUGUGGCUAAAUAAAUGAAGUAGCAUUUUUAAUUAAAGUUAUUUACAGUAUCUACAA